UGUGGUGAAACGUGCGUAUGCCGGUUUCUUCAAUUUUAAGGCAAAUUUUAACUAAUUCUGCUUGAGUACACGUUACAACAAUAAAACAAAAUGCACGGGGAAACGGCGAUGACACUUAUACAAAUAUUAGAAAAGACUAUAUCACCAGACCAAAAUGAACUACAAGCAGCUGAGAAGUACUUGGACCAUGCAGCAGCCACAGACUUCACGACAUUCAUCAAAAUGCUAUCAGACGUUCUGGUGGCUGGUGGCAACAGCCAGGUGGCACGAAUGGCUGCAGGUUUGCAGCUUAAGAACCACCUGACUUCUAAGGAUCAGACACUGAAACAGUCUUACCAACAACGGUGGCUUUCUUUACCUGAAGACGUUAGGCUUUACAUUAAGAAAAAUAUCUUAGCAGCGAUAGGCACAGAGACCACCCGGCCGAGCUCGGCGGCGCAGUGUGUUGCUUACGUUGCCGUAGCGGAAUUACCAGUGGGCCAGUGGAACGACCUCAUUCCCAUCCUUGUAGAAAACGUGGUCAAUGCUCAAUCCACGGAACUGAAGAAAGAAGCUACCCUAGAAGCUAUUGGUUACAUUUGCCAGGACAUAGAUGCAGAAGUACUAACAGAACAAAGUAACCCGAUUCUUACGGCUAUCAUUCAUGGCAUGAGGUCUACUGAGACGAGCAAUCACGUUCGACUCGCGGCCACACAGGCUCUGCUCAACUCCUUAGAAUUCACUAAAGCUAACUUUGACAAAGAGAAUGAAAGGAAUUUCAUAAUGGAGGUUGUUUGCGAAGCUACACAGUCUAAUGAUAUGAGAAUUAGUGUUGCUGCUCUACAGUGCUUAGUAAAAAUUCUGUCUCUUUACUAUCAAUAUAUGGAACCUUACAUGGGUCAAGCUUUGUUCCCUAUCACUUUAGAAGCAAUGAAAUCUGACAUAGAUGAAAUCUCCCUACAAGGCAUUGAAUUUUGGUCCAAUGUCAGUGAUGAAGAAAUAGAUCUUGCUAUCGAAGAAGCCGAGGCAGCUGAAGCAGGUCGUCCUCCCGCCAGAACAUCAAAAUUCUACGCCAGGGGCGCAUUACAAUACUUAGCGCCUGUCCUAAUGCAGAAAUUAACAAAACAAGAUGACGGCGACGACGAAUUGGAAUGGAAUCCAUCGAAAGCGGCGUCUGUGUGUCUGAUGCUCCUGUCUAACUGCUGUGAAGACGAUAUAGUGCCUCACGUCUUGCCCUUCAUCAACUCGAACAUCAAAAAUGACAACUGGCGGUAUCGAGAAGCUGCUCUAAUGGCAUUCGGUUCGAUUCUUGGAGGUCUUGAGGCCAACACUCUGAAACCACUGGUAGAAAAGGCUAUGCCCACAUUGAUUGAGGCCAUGUAUGACUCCAGUGUUGCUGUACGGGACACUGCCGCUUGGACUUUCGGCAGAAUUUGUGAAAUUGUCCCCGAAGCCGCCAUUAAUGAGAUGUACCUGAAACCACUGCUGGAGAGUCUUGUUAGUGGUUUGGGAGCCGAGCCCCGCGUCGCCGCUAAUGUAUGCUGGGCAUUCACUGGACUAGCGGAAGCCGCAUAUGACGCUGCUGAUUGUGGAGAUUCCAGUCAACCAAAAACAUAUUGUAUGUCCAAUUACUUCGAUUUCAUCAUUCAGAGGCUUCUCGAAACCACUGACCGUCAAGAUGCCGCACAGCACAAUUUGAGAUCGGCUGCAUACGAAGCUCUUAUGGAAAUGGUUAAAAACUCUCCUACUGAUUGCUACGUAACUGUUCAGAAGACCACAGUGGUAAUUUUGGAGCGACUGCAGCAGGUUCUGCAGAUGGAGAAUCACAUUUCGAGUCAGUCUGAUCGUUCGCAGUUCAAUGAUCUGCAGAGUUUGCUGUGCGCUACUUUACAAUCGGUUCUUCGUAAAGUGACGCCCGAAGAUGCACCUCGGAUAUCGGACGCCAUCAUGACGGCGCUGCUCACCAUGUUCGCGGGCAACGCCGGUAAAGCUGGUGGGGUACAGGAGGACGCCCUCAUGGCAGUUUCCACUCUGGUCGAAGUGUUAGGCGAGGGUUUCCUCAAGUACAUGGAUGCUUUUAAAAGAUACUUGUAUGUUGGUCUAAAGAACCAUCAAGAAUACCAAGUAUGCAUAGCAGCAGUUGGUCUUACUGGUGACAUUUGCCGCGCUUUGAAGAGUAAGGUGCUGCCUUAUUGUGAUGAGAUUAUUGUACUGUUAUUGGAAAACCUUGGCGAUCCAUCCAUUCAUCGUUCUGUGAAGCCACAGAUAUUGUCCGUCUUUGGAGAUAUUGCUCUCAGCAUUGGUCCAGAUUUUGCCAAAUACUUUGAUGUCGUUAUGCAAAUGUUGCUGCAGGCCAGCAAUGCGCAAGUGGACCGCAAUGAUUACGACAUGGUGGAAUAUCUUGGCGAACUCCGCGAGAGUGUGCUCGAGGCCUAUACCGGAAUUAUUCAAGGACUGAAGGGAGCUAGUGGAGAGAUCCGGUCGGACGUGGCGCUGGUGGAGCCACACGUGCCGGCCAUCGUGAGCUUCAUGGUGACGGUGGCGUGCGAGCCCGAGCGCACGGACGGCCACAUGUCGGUGGUGGCGGGACUGACGGGCGACCUGUGCACUGUGUUCGGCCAACGCGUGCUGCCGCUGCUGGAGACGCGCCCGCUGUUGGACCUGCUGCAGGCCGCGCGCCGCUCGCGCACUCCACGCACCAAGACCCUCGCCAACUGGGCCACCAAGGAGAUCCGCAAGCUCAAGCAGCAGCCGUCGCUCACCAGCUGAUUCAAAUCGCCACGUUGCAGCAGUGAAGUAACGCAGCUCCACUCGACUUACUGCUGGUAAUCUCGUUGUAUUGGCAGGUCAUAUCACGUCAUUAUUCAUAAGUCGUUAGGUGCAUUUUCAAGGGCCUUGCCGGAUUAGCUUUUUUUUCAUAAUUUAUUUGAUAUUGUUAAGUUUCAAAUAAACUGGUUUCUUAUUUAGAAUAUUGUGCUCUCUUUGUUGUUAUUUAUAUUUCAUUUUUAAAAGGUAUAGUUCUAUGUAUGUAUAUAUUACAUUGGGAGUUUAUUUUUAAUUCUUAGCACAUUAUGUACUGAAUGUAUUAUGUACCAUUUAAAAAUGUAGUGAUCGAAGUAACUGUAGCAAUAAUUAGUGUACCACAGUGCAUAUUGUUCUUUAAUUUAUAAUGCACUUCACGAGGAGCUGAUCACCAAGUGAUUUCUGCAUUGCCGGCACCAUCCAAUGCACCUAACGCAGCAUUCUUAAAAUAGUUAAGUAUGCCUGACCAUUAUAAUCUUUCCAUAACGAUCUUGAAAACAGCAUAUUUCCUAUUUGGUAUUAUAAAUACAGACAGUGGCUGUGGUAUAUUAAGGAGGGACUUAGGCUCAGGCUAACAAUGUGCGGGAGUGAUAAUGUUGUUCCACCCUAAUAUCUGAAAUCAAUAAUACGCGUUAAGAAUCAGUCGGUACUGACAAUCUUGAGAUUACAAAGAGUGCUCUUAAGCUAGAUGCAACUCCCCAUGUUGCCAGCUUGUGCUGAUAUAUGCCCUUAACUAUAUGAGGUAAGUGAUAGUUUGAAAGACGAUGCGUGCAAGUUGACGUAUGUUACAUUAGGCAUGCACAUAUGCAAGGGAUUAUGAAUUCUAUAAAUUAUUGUUAUGUUUUGUAUGACGCAUGAAAGGGAGCGCGAAUGAGAUGUAUGUGAAUCGGCGUGCUAGAUAAUCACAGAUAUUUAGUAAGUGUGAGGUGAUUUUAAUGAAAAGGUGGUGUAAUGUAUAAAAUUCCGUCAACAUCAUAGAGACAGAAGGACACCAUAUUGGUGAAAAUUACCUUUUCUUUACCAUAAUGCUGUUGUCUUGUUUUAUCGAGCAACCAGCUAGCUAUAUGUUUUAUAUUUGUGAUUAUUCAUUGUAUGGGAAUAAUAUGGCCUAUUUUUUAUCUAGGAAUGCUUUCUGUUGAAAUCAGGUACUUAUUAAAUGCUUUCACAUGAAGGUAGAAACAAAAAUUGCAAAUAAUAUUACAACAACUGUUAAAACAUGCGAGACUAUAAAACGAAGAGUGCAGCUAUUGUGGUGAAUGUAAAGUACUAAUGCCUUCCGAUCUCAAGCUUCCAUUAUUUGUACAUAUGUAAUUUAAAGCUCUUCGUGUACAAUUUUCUAAAGUGGGGCUUUAGUAUCAGCCACACAAAUAGGAGAAUGUGAGAUAUUCGACUGAAUGAACAAAUUUUCUUCACGGAGCGAAACACUGCCUUUGGAGUAACAAAUUGCUUCGAAACCGUCAUAAAAGGCGAAUCUCAUUAGUUUCGACGAUAUUAAUUUUCAAUUUAGUUAUAAACUUGCAUUUUUUUAAACAUUUUCUCAUUAACUUAAGGUUAAUUCCAUUUUUUUAGAAAUAUAUGAAAGUUCAUAUUAUUGCCUGUUAUUACCGCUAAAAAAUAUAAAGCAUUAAACUCUUCACGUAUUUAAUGCGCAUUGAGCGUUGAUUAUUCAUAUUUUACUGUGUGGUUUAUACGUCUUUUUUAUUUAUUGUCCUUAUUGCUGUCGUAAAAGAGCCCGGUUAAUUCCAUUGCCAAUUUAAAGCCCUGUAAUAAAUAAUACGUAUUACAUUUUGGUUGAGUGUUUGCUAGUCUGUGAGCAUCACUGAUAGGGAUGAUGUUUGCGCGAUUUAUGCAAGAAUUUUUAUAAAGACCUUUACACAUCUAUCAUUUUAUAUUCAAUUAGUUGUAAUGGGGAGUCCGCUGGAAAAUAUUUUAUAAGUAUUAGUGAACCUACGUAUGUAAACAAAUACCAUAUCAUUAGGCGAAACAGAAAUACGUACGUACAUGUUGUAUACUAUCACGGCUUGUAACAAGACUAACGGACCUUACUUAAUUGAUCUUUGUUACAGACAAGCAUAGAAAUCGAAGCCAACAGCACACAUAACACAAUGAACUAAUAUUUUCCUUAUCGGCUUAUUAGAUAGUUUCCCGCGACUCAGUACUACCUACAAGUAAAGUCGAUCAAGAUGGAU